AUGGCAGCACUACAACCUCAGGGGGAUCUACUGAAAAUGUCACACAGAGAAAACUGGAAGAUUCAACACGAGAGGCUGCAUGUCAAACACAGAGGUCAUGAGGCCAUGCAUGCUGAGAUGGUUCUCAUCCUCAUUGCCACUUUGGUAGUGGCUCAGAUUGUUUUAGUACAGUGGAAGCAAAGACACUGCAGGUCCUACAAUUUGGUCACACUCCUUCAGAUGUGGGUAGUACCACUAUACUUUACCAUCAAGCUCUACUGGUGGCGAUUUCUGUCCACGUGGGGCAUGUUUUCUGUCAUCACAAGCUAUGUCAUAUUCAGAGCCACACGCAAACCUCUGUCCUGCAGAACACCCAGGAUGGUAUAUAAGUGGUUCCUCCUUAUUUAUAAGCUGAGCUAUGCUGUGGGCGUGGUUGGUUACCUGGCAAUCAUGUUUACCAUGUUUGGCUUCAAUGUUUUUUUCAGGAUCAAAGCAGAAGACUCAAUGGAUGUUGGCGUGAUCAUGUUGUUCUAUGGCCUGUACUAUGGGGUCAUGGGACGAGACUUUGCUGAGAUCUGUUCAGACUACAUGGCCUCAACUAUAGGGUACUAUAACAUGGGUGGCAUGCCAUCUCGGAGCCUGUGUGAUGAUAUCUGUGCUGUGUGUGGACAAAAGAUCUUUGUGGAUGUAGAUGAGGAGGGCAUUAUCGAGGACACCUACCAGCUGUCCUGCAAUCAUGUAUUCCAUGAAUUUUGUAUUCGUGGCUGGUGCAUUGUGGGAAAGAAGCAGACCUGUCCAUACUGCAAUGAGAAAGUUGAUCUCAAGAGGAUGAUGAAGAAUCCCUGGGAGAGAACACAUGUUUUGUAUGGACAGCUCUUGGACUGGCUGAGGUACCUGGUCGCUUGGCAACCUAUCAUUAUUGGCAUUGUACACGGAAUCAAUUUUUCUCUGGGCCUUGAGUAG